CCCAUUCGUCUGCAAAGAGGGAACUUCUCCUUGCUGGCUUCUAUCAAGAUCAACAAGAGCUUGCUUUGGGCAGGGAAUGAUUCAUUGCAGUUUGUUUUGAGUAUUCAAUCAUAUUCUGCAAUGUCAGGGCUACUAAAUUCGGGAUUGAAUGGAUCAGCUUCAAACCUUCCAGAAACCACUGCUAGAGCUUUGGCCACUUCAUUUUCAGCACAGUCAGGUUCCACUGCCACUGUAUUGAAUCACUCUGGUGGAACAGUGCAAAGCCUGCAGGGCAUUCAUGGGAAUUUCAAUAUGUCAAAUGUGCAUGGUACAUUUGCAUCAAGAAAUUCAGCUAUGACUGGUGGUCCUUCUGGCAGUGUUCAACAAGCAGGAAAUGUUUCUAAUGGGAGAUUUUCAAUAAAUAACAUUCCAACUGUGCUUUCUCAGUUAUCGCUUGCAAGCUCUCAUGGACAUUCAGGGGCAACUAACAUAGGAGGCGUAAUUGCUAAUUUGGAAAAUGCAGGAAGAAUUGGAAAUUCAAUGACUAAUAUUGUUAGUGGGAGCAAUAUUGGUAGGGGUCUAAGUGCCGAUGGAGGCUCAAAUAUGCAUGGUGUUGCUUCUCGCAUAAAUUUAACAGCUCCACAGAUGGUAUCAAUGCUAGGGAAUUCUUAUUCAGGUGCUGGUGUACCACUCUUGCAAAACCAAUUUCAAGCAGGGAAUAGUCAUUUAGCUUCGAUGGCACUUCUGAAUGAAUAUAAUGCCCGUGAUAAUGCUACCUUUGAUAUAAACGACUUUCCUCAGUUGGGUGGCCGUCCUCCUUCUGCUGGUGGUUCCCAGGGACAACUAGGUUUCAUACGGAAGCCCAACAUUGGUUUCUCCCAACAGAAUCAAGAAUUUAGUAUUCAAAAUGAAGAUUUUCCUGCUUUACCAGGAUUUAAAGGGCAGAAAGAUCAACUUCAAGAAAGCAUGGCAUCCAUGAUGCAAUCGCAGCAUUUAGCUGUGGGAAGAUCAUCUGGAUUCAGUUUUGGUGGUAAUUAUUCAUCACAUCAACCUCAACAGCAACAAGCAUCAUCAACGAAUGGGAGUGGGAUUUCUUUUCCACCGGCAAAUUAUCAAGAUGCCCGUUUCCAUGGUCCUGAGGCUCGAACCAUGGGUCCACCUUCAACCGGAUCAGGUUCUUCCAACUUGUCAAAUUUGGGACCUUAUGAUCAACUUCUGGAUCACUAUCAGCCAUUCCAAAGGCAAUCUCAGUUCCGCUCAAUCAGCCCAUUUAGAGAUCAAGAUCUGAAACCCCUACAGGCAUCACAGGCUGCUGAUCGAUUUGGAAUGUUUGGUUUACUAAAUGUUAUCAAAAUGACAAAUCCUGCUUUGAGUACACUUGCUCUUGGUGUUGAUCUGACUUCACUUGGUCUAAACUUGAACUCAGCAGAAAAUCUUCAUAAGACUUUUGCCUCUCCUUGGUCUGAUGAACCUGCCAAAGGGGAGCCUGAAUACACCAUCCCAGAAUGUUAUAAUGCUAAACAAUCUCCUGUCCUAAAACAAAGUUACUUCUCAAAAUUUAGGCCAGAGACAUUAUUUUAUAUCUUCUACAGCAUGCCUAAGGAGGAGGCACAACUGUAUGCGGCAAAUGAGUUGCAUGUUAGGGGGUGGUUCUAUCACAGAGAGCUCCGCCUAUGGUUCACAAGGGUCACAAAUAUUGAGCCUCUUGUCAAGACUGCUACUUACGAGAGAGGCUGUUACUUCUGCUUUGACCCCAACACUUGGGAGGUCGUGAGAAAGGAUAACUUUGUUCUGCAGUACGAAAUGAUUGAAAAGGUCCCAGUGCUUCCUUAGAAGUUACCAGCUGCCCAAGAUGGUUCCAUGUGCAUUUUCCAUUGCUAUCUUCAGAUUUCUUCUGAAUAGAACUUUCUUUAUAAAUUAGAAUAAUAGAGAUGUAAUGUUAUUGUAAAAGAUUCUUGAUUUCUCAGUCAUCACCUUUAAUUUAGGCCCACUGGGAUUUGUUCCCAGGAGUUGGCGCCUUUGGCCUAGUUCUAUGCUUUGUUUUACAGUCUUUAGGGUUAAAA